AUGGAAAUCCCACAGCUCGGAUAUGGAACUUUUUUGGCGACAGAUUCCGAAAAACUAAAAGCUGCCCUUCAUUAUGCAAUUGAAGAAUGUGGAGUCAGAAAUCUGGAUUGUGCAUGGGGAUACAACAAUCAAGAAAUCAUUGGGGAGGCAUUGAAAGAGAUCUUUUCUAAGGGAAAAAUUAAGCGUGAAGAUAUUUUCAUUACUUCCAAGCUUUGGUGCACACAUCAUCGACCAGAUCUAGUUGAAUAUGAACUCAAAGAAACAUUAAAACAGUUCCAACUCGAUUAUAUAGACCUUUGGUUGAUGCAUUUUCCUAUUGCCAACGAAUCUAGAACUGAUCGCGAUUAUUUUCCAAAAGAUGCCAGUGGAAAAUUCAUUCAUGAGCAAAUAGAUAUGCUUGACACAUAUAAGGCAAUGGAAGAAUGCAUGAAGAAAGGCAUGACACGUCAUAUUGGUGUCUCCAACUUCUCAAUUGAACAACUUGAGCGUGUUUGGUUCAAUUGUGAGAUCAAACCAUACGCAAACCAGGUUGAAUGUCAUGUUUACAAACAACAUCAUCCAUUAAUCCAAUAUUGUGAAAGUCAUAACAUCUUCUUGAUGGCACAUACAACAAUUGGACAUCCACCACUUAAGGGAUAUCGUGGAUGCAUGUUGAUUGAAGAUCCAGAUGUUGUCAGUAUUGCAAAGGAAGUUGGUAAAACACCAGCACAAGUUUGUAUCAAAUAUCUCAUCCAAAUGAGUCCAAAAGUUGUUGCAAUUCCUAUGUCUAUGAAUCCAGCCAACAUCAAACUCAACUACGACAUGAAUUUCACACUGAAUGAGUCACAAAUGAACAAGCUCAAGUCUCUUGAUAAGUUCUAUUCAUUCCUUUAUUUUCCAGAUGUCUUUGGUGUUGAUGUUCUUGGUUUAGGAUUUAAUGUUUGGGGAUAA